AUGGACAAUGGGAUGGUGCACGAUUGUCUGAAUUAUAAGAACAUUGUUAUCAAGAGAUGGGGUCUCCGGCGACGAGCGAGGAGGAAGCCAUCUGGCAUCAAGGACAAUGUGUACCACAUUCUCCAUGCUCAUUGGACGCGGUGUACAAAGGCGUAUGCUGAUGAGAAACAGCGACUCUACAUUGCUGCAGGCAUCCUCCUGUCCUUCAUCUCCAGUGGGAGGCUGGUCUCACUGUUUGACACCCGGAUCAAAACAGGUGAUGAGAAAGCUGGGGACAGACUGUCAAAGGGAGUGUUGCACACUGUCAGCAAGGGCUCAAAGCGCAAGACCAACCAUCGCCAUCACCAUCCCUGA